AUGCUUCGAAAAAAUGUGAGACUAAGAAAAGAGUAUCUCUAUAAGAAAAGUCUUGAGCACCAAGAACAAUCCAAGUCUCUCAAAAAGCAAAAAAUAAAAGAAGCAUUUGAAGAACACAAAUCAAUCCCCACAGAGCUCCGCCACGAAGAAGCCAAACUGCGCAACGAAAUCGAGCUUGAAGACAUCAAUACUGCAAUUCCUCGAAACCAUAUGGACGACGAAUACGCAGACGCAGGGGCAAUUGAGCCUAAAAUCCUGAUGACCACAUCAAGAAGGCCAAGUUCUCGCCUUAUGCAGUUUUUAAAAGAGCUAAAAAUCGUGAUCCCGAAUACCACCCGUACAAAUCGUGGAAAUUAUGUGAUAAAAGAUUUGGUAGAAAUUGCUCAAAAAUAUAAUUUCACUGAUUUAAUUAUACUACACGAGCACAGAGGAAAGCCUGAUGGGAUGAUUAUUUCGCAUAUGCCAAGUGGCCCUACUGCUUAUUUUGCAUUGGCUAAUGUGGUGCUUCGGCAUGAUUUGAAGACACAACUGGACACGAUGUCGGAGGAGUACCCACAUUUGAUUUUUCAUAAUUUUCAAAGCAAUAUAGGGGAUAGGGUUUCUGAUGUACUAAAAUACUUAUUUCCAGUGCCUAAGCUAGACAGUAAAAGAGUUAUAAGCUUUGUGAACCAAGAAGACUAUAUUAUCUUUAGAAAUCACGUUUAUAACAAAGAAGAUUAUAAGACAGUAGCUUUAGAAGAAAUUGGGCCGAGAUUUAUAAUGAAAUUGUACCAAAUUUCAUUAGGAACUGUCGAUUUGCCUCAAGCACAAGUCGAAUGGGUAUCAAGACCUUAUAUGAACACAGCUAAAAAGAGAAGGACUUUAUAA